UAAAUAUCAGCUGCGCGUAAAAAGUGGAUCGCACAACCUCCAACUUUCGAACCGAUCGGAUGAGCUCAAAAGAAACCCUAAGUAUGCCUUAAGAACUGUAUAAAUACUAGCCUCAACCUUCACUUACCUUCACCCAGAGCAAAGCUCGAUCAACAUAUAUAUAUUCAUGAAUACGUAUAUAUAUAUAUAAUAGUAUAUAUAUAUAUGUGUACACAAAUUUCAACCCGUCGUUUUAGCCAUAACCGAGCCCUUAAAACACCUCUGAGAUCUUCCCCUGCUUGAGAGGAGUCCAACGGAAGAAGAAUCAUUGAAAAAUAUCGUGAAACGACGGAGAACGGGCUUGCCGGAGUUCCGCCGGGCUAACCGUAAAAACGGAAAACGGAGAAGACGGAGGAGCUGCCGCUGCCGCCAACCCAUCACUGACCUUCGCCGUCCCCAAACGAGUCUUCUACCACCACCGUAUCACGAAUCCGUCGAGGUGAAUAUUUAGAGACCUGAAUAGAAGAAGAGAAAUAGGAGCAUUGGAUUUGAGGUGAUGAUGGUUAUGUUGAUUGCUGAAUGCAUGCGCCUGAGAGCGAGUUAGAAGUUGCCUUAGUCAAAUUUAGUAUUGAAAUAAACAUUUAUUUAUUUAGUUUUAUUGUUUUGUUUUAGUUGCCUGUGCAUCCGGUUGAGAGAUGACCGGAUGUGGCGGUAACACCCAUUUCCCUAUUUAGUCUUCCGCUGUACUCUUUAAAUUUUAUUAUCAAUAAAUAAAAGUUUUAUUUCAAUCAUAUCAAUGUUUUUGGGCGGGAAAUUUGGGGGUGUUACAGCGAGGUAUUCGCCUGCCCACCCAAACACACUCUCACUCUCACUCUGUAGCUCGAUUCAAUUGCUAGGGUUAACUCUUGUUUUUCGGGUUUAUACUCUUUUGUGUUGUCUGUUGGGCCAGGAAAUUUCCGUCAAAUGAAGAGGCCCAGCGGUGGAUUUAUGAAUUAAUGCAUGCGGCCCAUUUUCCAAGAAGUAUAGACGAAGUCCAGUUCGGCCAGGAUAAGAUUGAAUCAGACUUGGAGCAAAAGAAAUGGCUUGACACGUUCAAAUGCAAUGCCGCCUAUUUCGGUGGGCAGUUGAGGAGGAAGAGGCUCGAGAAAGCUUAUUUAAGAAGAACAAUUAUGAAAGAAGAUGACAGCAACUGGCCCGAACCUGACCGUGUGGGGAGGCAGGAGCUUGAAAUUGUGCUGGAGAAUGAGCACAUAUGUUUUACCACAUCUAAGAUUGGCUCCCUAAUGGACGUGCAGACCAGUAAAGAUCCAGAAGGCCUUCGCAUAUUUUAUUAUCUUGUUCAGGAUCUAAAGUGCUUUGUGUUCUCUCUAAUCUCCCUCCACUUUAAAAUCAAACCCAUAUGAUUUGAUUCUAUUGAUGCUCUGGAAGGUUGACGUUUUUUAUGUUUUUAACUCCAGUUCAACCGGAGUUAGAAGAAGCUAAAAAGGGCCUGUAAUCUGGCAGUUUGAGCGGAAUUGUUCUCAAAGAAUCUAAUUUCUUGUAGACUAUCCGUAUUUUAUUGCACCUCUAGCCCAUGGUUUUGAUUGCUCAGCGAAUGCUAUAGUUUGUUUCUUGGGGAUUUAUUUGAAAUUGGUUAUGUGCUUGGGUUUUCAAUCAGACUGAAUAGAAUCAUCAAAUAUUUCGUAUUGAUAUUCAAACUGUAUGAAGAUCUUAUGAAGUGUGGAUCUGUUAACCUCUGAUGAAAGAUCCUCAGUCUGAAUUGUCAUCCCCAAAACAUUACAUUUUUUUAAAUGAUGAGAUUAUGAGUUCAGGAUUUAUUUAGAACAGUAGAAUCAAGAUACAGUGCAUUUCUUAUAAAGAGCAGGAAGAAAACAUUUGUGGACUUGGUGAGUAUUUUUCAUAUACUGAUUACAGUCUAAGCUCUUCAAGGUCGUUUAUCUCCUUGGGAGGCUGAAUUGUUUGGGAUUAGAGAGGCUCUUAGCUGGAUUGAGGAGCAUGGAUGGGAGUUUAUUGAUGUGAAAUCCGAUGCGGUGAGGGUUGUGACGGAGAUUCAAAAGGGAUCAAGCAUUUCAGCAGCAGGCUUGAUAGCAGAAGACAUUCGUGAUGUUUGUUUAAGGAUGGCUUGAUAGCAGAAGACAUUCGUGAUGUUUGUUUAAGGAUUUCUGAUGUUUCCUUUGGUCAUGUUAGGUGAUCUGCGAACAGGGUAGCUCUUGGGUUCACUCAGGCUGCCGGUUCUGAGUCUGGUUGCCGGUUUUGGACUUUUUGGUUAUCCAUUCCUCUUGAUUUUAUUGUUCAUGUAUUAAACAAUGAUUCAAAAAAAACUCGCAACUUAAAAUAAGUAGCAAGAGAACAUUUGUAGACUGAAUGACUGAUUAUUU